AACGUUAACAAAAUAAACCUCCCAACAAAACUUAAGCUUUUUCUUCUUUUUUUUCAACUCAUAAAACUAAAAUAAUAAUAAAAGAUCAUUGCAUCUUCUUCGUAUUCAAAAAGAAGAUGUCUUUGUCUAUUGCUUUUGAACAAAACCACUGAAUUAAAAAAAACAAGAAUUUGUACAUAAACUAAACAAAAACCAGAGGAAACAUCAUAAAAAAAUAGAGUGAAAAGAUGAAUGACUUAUUCUCAAAUUCGUUCAAGCGGAACCAGGCUCAAAUGAGCGAUGUGGAAGCAGGUCAAGAAACGAUGAACCUCGACAAAUUCUUCGAGGACGUUGAGAAUGUGAAGGAUGACAUGAAAGGAGUGGAGACUCUUUAUAAGAAGCUUCAAGACUCCAACGAAGAAUGCCAGACCGUGCACAAUGCCAAGAAGGUGAAGGAGCUACGAGCUAAGAUGGAUGCUGACGUGGGUCAGGUCCUUAAGAGGGUCAAAAUCAUUAAGCAGAAGCUCGAAGCCCUAGAGAAAGCCAACGCUAAUAGCCGUAAUGUCCCGGGUUGUGGGCCCGGUUCGUCUACUGAUAGGACUCGGUCUUCUGUGGUUAGCGGUCUCGGGAAGAAGUUGAAGGACUUGAUGGAUAGUUUCCAGAGUCUACGUGCGCGAAUGAACGAUGAGUAUAAGGAAACCGUAGAGCGCAGGUAUUUCACAAUAACAGGAGAAAAAGCGGACGAGCAAACAAUUGAUAACUUGAUUGCAAGCGGUGAGAGUGAAAAUUUUCUCCAAAAAGCGAUUCAAGAGCAAGGAAGAGGUGAGAUCAUGGACACGAUAUCUGAGAUCCAGGAAAGACAUGAUGCAGUGAAGGAGAUAGAGAAGAAUCUACUUGAGCUGCACCAAGUUUUCUUGGACAUGGCGGCUUUAGUAGAAGCACAAGGGCAACAGCUGAACAAUAUAGAGAGCCAUGUGGCAAAGGCUAGCUCGUUUGUGAGAAGAGGGACCGAUCAGCUCCAAGACGCGAGGGAAUACCAAAAGAGCUCGAGGAAAUGGACUUGUUAUGCCAUCAUUCUCUUCAUCGUUGUCUUUAUCCUUCUUCUUAUUCCCGUUAUGCCCCAUAUUAUGCUCAUGCUGAAAUGAAUUUUUUAGAGUUUGAUUCUGAUUCUUACAACUCUUCGCCUAUUCCUUCUUCUUGUUUUUUCUUUCUUUAAGGGGGUAGUUAGAGUAUAUAUGAUGAAACCACGGAAAGGGAUUUGUAGAACAAUUUUUUUUUGAAACAUGGGAUCGUUAUUAUCUCCAUCUUUAGUAGUGGAUGUGACAAUAACAUGUAUGUUGAUUUGUUAUAGUCUUAUAGAGAAACAUAUGCAUUGUAAUUUUAUAUUUUCUGCCUUCUCUUAUAACCAUUAUUUUGAUAUAUCUUCGUUAGUUUUCUUUUUUGGCGUCUCCACUACAUUGUUUUAAAAGAGUUUUCGCCUUUGUAAUUUUGACCUCAAAACAUAACAAAAAAGUGAAUAGUUUGGAAAUUAUAGUGAAGAAAACUGACAAAUUUAGGGUAUAUGUACAUGCAAAUCGAUGAAGUCUUAGUUUAUCCUAUGUAUAGGGAAUGUGUAUGCAACAUAGAAGAGGAUCUAAGACUUUGCAUCUUAGUAAAAUAGUAAGUCCUGAAUAUUCUUUGAACUCUUCAUAGAUUGAAGUAUUUACAUCUUAAGCUUACCCUACAUAUUGGAUAUACAUCACUUAUACGAUACCUGAUAUUUUAUUAAAAUAACUUGAUACUCUAUUGAAUGAGUAGCGUACAAUAUAUAUAGGUACAACAAGAGAAUAUGUGGAA